CCCCCUGACUCUGACCGGGCAAAUCGCUCCAGUUUGCGGGGCUCGGUUUCCAGAGUUGGACGGAUAAGGAUGCUCUCCCAAUUGCAAUCCCGGUGAGAGGACUCCCCCUUCAGGAGGGCAGGAGGAGAGGCGUCGGGGACUACAACUCCCAGCAUGCCCCCGGAAAGCGCGCUACUUCCCGGAAGUGUCCCUGGAGCAAACACGUGGGGCGUGAGGGCAGGCCUAGGUUUCCGAGGCUGUUGUUGCAGUGCGGGAGGCCGAGGCGGAGUGGUCGCUCGGUGUUUUCUGGCCCGUACCCGGAUUGCGAUCGAGUCGGCCGCGAUGUUUCUGCAGUAUUACCUUAACGAGCAAGGGGACCGGGUCUACACCCUAAAGAAAACAGACCCUGCAGGACAACAGACCUGUUCAGCUCACCCAGCCAGAUUCUCCCCAGAUGACAAGUACUCAAGACACCGGAUUACUAUUAAGAAGAGAUUCAAGGUUCUCAUGACUCAACAAGCACGCUUGGUACUUUGAGUUACCUCUGCCCUCCUCCCCAGGCAAUGGCAACCACCAAGAACUCUUACCUGAAGAACCUUUUCCUAGUGGUCAGAGACCUCAUUCAAGAACUCAGAUCUUUGACUCUUAACCCAUUCUCACAAUUUUGAAAUCAUUCCCUUUGUACACUUGCUUCUUAGAAUGUAGUUUGAAUUUGUCUGUGUUCUUUGUAUUUGAUAACAAUCAACUUAAGGUGAAAAAGCCUAAAAUUGUCAUGUCUUUUCAAUUAAUGCUGUUAGCUAUUAAAGCUAAAAUGAUUUAAA